AUGCGGCGACUGCUGUCCCUCCCGAAGCACCGGUGCCUCCCACACAGCUCGUUGAGCUCCACCGCCUCGUCGAUUGCCGUGAUGCGAAGAGAUUAUGUGCAUAAUCCUAAUCAAGCCGCAAGCGGAGAGAAAUCGAGCGAGGUGCGGCACCUGUUCGCAUACGGUACUCUGCGGCCGGACGACGUCAAGGGGGCGCCCUGGACCAAGCGCUUCCGGGAGGGCAUGGUGUGGCAGCGCGCUCGUGUGCCCAGCGCUCGCCUGUUCGCCGACCGCUACCCCUUCGUCGUCCUCUCGCCCCCUGGGCAGGAGGAGACCACUAAGACCACGAUGAAGCAUGCGGACUACGUGGUCGGGUACGUCAUGUGCUGCGAUGACCAGGCGAGCUUCCAGGCCAAGCUGGAGGAGGCCGACGAGAUCGAGGGCCACCCGCACUACUACCAGCGCUCUGUCGUUGAGGCCAUCAUCGAAGAUGAUCAGGAGGACGUUGUUGUCGAUCACCGCCCAGAGCCAGCGACUGGUGAGAAGAAGAAGGUCAAGUGCUUCAUCUACCACCGGCAGGCGAGCCUUUCGGCGUACCCCGUGUGGUGUGGGGAUUGGGCCUUCGUCGGGCUGCAGUACCCCACCACGCCGACCGACCGCUUCUUCCAGACCAACGCCGAUCGAACCACCAAGACCAAGUAG